AUGUAUGCUCACCUGGACGUUCCGCUUCUUUCUGCAUUUGUGGAGUGUUGGCAGCCUGACACUAGCUCUUUUCACAUGCCAUUUGGGGAGAUGACUAUUAUGCUGCAUGACGUUUGGUAUAUACUCUGCAUUCCAGUCGAGGGAGGGAUUUUGAUUAAGUCGGUAAUCGAGUUGUGUAGUCAGGGUGCUGCAGGUGAGGCUGAGACAGAGGCCAUUGCUUGGAUUUGGUUGACUUUAGGUUGCACCUUAUUUGUUGAUAAGAGUGGACACAGGUUCAGGCCGUCAUGCCUUUGGGAGGCAUGGAUAUAUGAGUACUCUCUAUGCUUUCGACCAAACCGUGAGCGACUGAUUCUCGAUCCUGUUUCUCCUCGAGCUAGCACUUGGAGCGUAUCAUCUUUUGAGAGAGCGGAUACCCGGGUUUUUGCAUUACGCACCCGUUUAGACCAGCUUACUGCGGAUGAGGUGACGUGGCUGCCUUUUGGCGUCGAUCUUGCUAUCACCGUUCCCAGGACUGCAUACAUGGGCUGGAUACAGCACAGGGACAUCGCAGAGCCAUAUAUGCCUGUUAGGGUCCUUCGUCAGCUGGGUUACGUGCAGAUUAUACCUCCUCCUAUUUAUCGGCCUGAGAAGGCCGUGAGGCCGUGGAGUUCACUUCGGUACGUGAUGCAGACCUCCAGGGUUGCUGCGUCUGACAGAUGGGGUAUGUUCCCAUUUGAUCACAUGCUUCCGUUCUUAAGCUUAGAUGAUGUGGCUGUUUCUCCUAGCGCGUGUGCUCCAGAGUACUUGGAGUGGUACGCCCGACAUUCGCAUCCUCGCCUGCUCAACACUGAUGCAUUACCUGCACAAGCCCGCCCUUCUCGCUCGAACACCGAUUAUCAUAGUCAACAUUGCGUGGUGGAUGGCAUUCCGGAUAUGGAGCAAGCCAUAGCUGCGCAUGCAGAGGAGUUAGAGCAGAUUAUGAGAGAGUUUAGACUGACUGAUUGA